AUUGAAUGGUCUCUAAGGGCUUUUCCUGCUCGAACAUUCUGUGACUUCUCUGACACUGGUUUGAUUUCUUUUUCUCUGUAGAGGGAAAGGCCCACCCACCCAUCUGCUUAUCUGUAGUCUCUAUGUUCUCACACUGACCUCUGCUGGCCAUUAUGAAAAAAUGUCGCUGAUAGUGUCGGGUGGGAAAGGAAAGGAAUUCACCACUGAUUUAGUUAAUAUUAAGCUUUAGCUGUAUGGGUAAUGAGGCAGAAAUCCUGUGCAUUAGAGAUGAGGAAAAAAGAUCAUACAGCUAUAAGCACAAAGUAAGCGUAUCUGGAUGACAAAACAACCCGCAGAAGAAAUGGGUCUCCCUCUUUUUUUUCUCAGUCACCUUCAUUUGUUCCCGGUGUUCUGUGCCAGUGUAUGAAAGGACAUCCAUGGAUGGGAAGGUUUUUUUCUCAUAUCCUAUGACUGCAGGCUCCAUAAGGGCCUCACACCAUGCUGAGGGGACAGUUCCGGAUGAGAAGGAGCCUAGAAACUUCCCACAGGCCCUGCUUCUGGCCCCUGAUUCAAUGUGAGAGGUUCAAACUGAGCUGCUGGCACGCCCGCCAACCCAAGCUGGAACCUGGGGCCAGUCCAGAAAUGCAUGUUCCUCUAGGGGGUGCCUUUUCAAACUUCCAUUUGGAAAAAGAAUUAGAAUUUAAAAAAUAUAUGUGAGUUCUUUAGGAGAGUGCCUUUCAGCUCUCUGGUUGGAACACAGGGGUCAAGAAAUUCUGCAUGCCUACCAAGCCAGGAGAAAGGAAGCAGGCUGUGGGACCCUGUCUUUUCUGCAUGGAAUCAGAAUUCCAGUUAGGCCCAGCCCUCGAGUUGCCUACCUCCUAAGUCUCCUUGCUUACCCUUGCUGAUAAGCAUGUGCUUGCAACGGUAAGAGACCAGAGGUAGAGGGUGCCAGUCCCUGUGCCUAUGCUGGGUGCUGCUGGGACUCUUCUCUCUAAUGGUGUGAGCAGGAUGGGACUGGGCCACAUCACAACCUGCUCUCUCAGUAGCUGCUCAGUGAUUUACUGUCCUCUUCCCCUUCCUUCCCUUGAUGUGGGAAAACUUUUGUCAGGGCUUGGAUUUGGGUCAAGCAUUCAGUGCCCUGACUGGAUCCUCUCUGCUAGUAAUAACAUGGCCUCUGCAAGCCCAUCCUGCCCUCCAUUCUCCCAUCAAGCAGUUCCCUCCUCCUCAACAGCUGCUUCUUAUCUGCCUCUCUUGUCCCAGCCUCAGGCAGGCAGCCCUGGCCUCAUUCUGACAUACACAUGUUAUCCUGAAUGCUUCUUGAUGACUUUCAGCCCUGAAAGACUGCUCUUCUCCCAACUCUCCCCUGUUCCCAAACCUCUGAGGGUUCCCUGUGUCCUGCCACAUCAAGUCUUCGACUUUUCUGCGGUGCUUUCCAGGCCCACUUCAGCUGGAACCUUUCCAAUCAACCUUUCCAAUGUGGCCCAUGACUUCCCCCAGCCAUGGGCAAAAUGUAAGCAUUCCACAAACCCUCCAUUGCCAACUCUUUUUUCGUGUUCCCACAGCACGUAGGCUCUGUUCCAAAUUUGUACUGUUUGCUGUGAUUUUGUAUGCAUUAGUCUUGCACCUAGGCCCACAUUUUCUUUCUUUUUUUAAAAAAAUUAUACUUCAAGUUCUAGGAUACAUGUGCAGAACGUGCAGGUUUGUUACACAGGUAUACAUGUGCCAUGGUGGUUUGCUGCACCCAUCAACCCGUCAUUUACAUUAGGUAUUUCUCCCAGUGCUAUCCCUCCCCUUGCCCACCGCCCCUCAACAGGCCCCCAUGUGUGAUGUUCCCCUCCCUGUGCCCAUAUGUUGUCAUUGUUCAACUCCCACGUAUGAGUGAGAACCUUCGGUGUUUGGUUUUCUGUUCCUGUGUUAGUUUUCUGAGAGUGAUGGUUUCCAGCUUCAUCCAUGUCCCUGCAAAGGAUGUGAACUCAUUUUUCUUAUAGCUGCAUAGUAUUCCAUGGUGUAUAUGUGCCACAUUUUCUUUAUCCAGUCUAUCAUUGAUGUAGGCCCACGCUUUCGACCUCCUACUCAUUGUCAACAGAACCCCAGCACUAUUUUUUAAGUACUGCUCUUUUUCUUUUUAUAUUAUUAAUAUGCAUUAUACACAUAUACAUAUAUACACACAUAUUUAUUGAUUUUGUGAAAAUACCAAUAAUAAUAAAUAACAGAACCACUGUAAACAAAGUUCCAACAAUGGGAGGUAGGAGCCUAAAAAGUGAAAGUUUACUCCACCCCCAUCAUUCCCAGAAUGAAGCCUGUUAAACAGUUUGCAACCUAUCAUUUUUUGUAGGCCACAUGUUGGGUAUUGGAAAAGGUUGAGUGGUAGGUGGUGCCCAACAGAACUGCAUUUCCUUGGACAGAGCGUCUUUUACUUCCUUGCAAGGGUCGUAGGUCUUCGUGGGCCUGAUUGACACUCGAAAUUAUACUCCAAAGGAUCAUCACAGCUGGUGGCCACUUGCAUCUCCAGUACUUAACUGUAGCCACAGCAUAAGGCAUCUGUCCCAUUUUCAGCCUUUUAAAAAGUAAGCCUUGAAGGUGAACAGUAAAGGGCAUGCUUAAUGCGCUUCUUUUCAAAGUUUUUCACAGAUUUGUAGGAAAUGAUGGACAGUCAGUAAAGGGGCCAAGAGGUGGAGAUGGGAAGCAUUUAUGAAAAUGGACUUUCUACCAGAUACGGUGUUGUGCUCUCUGAGAGGUGCAGUGAUGGAGUCCUGGGAUCUGCCAACGAAGAUGAGCUCUUGCAGGGACGACCUGGACCAAUUGGAAUUCAAGGCCCAACAGGUCCUCAAGGAUUCACUGGCUCUACUGGUUUAUCGGGAUUGAAAGGAGAAAGGGGUUCCCCAGGCCUUCUGGGACCUUAUGGACCAAAAGGAGAUAAGGGUCCCAUGGGAGUUCCUGGCUUUCUUGGCAUCAAUGGGAUUCCGGGCCACCCUGGACAACCAGGCCCCAGAGGCCCACCUGGUCUGGAUGGCUGUAAUGGAACUCAAGGAGCUGUUGGAUUUCCAGGCCCUGAUGGCUAUCCUGGGCUUCUCGGACCACCCGGGCUUCCUGGUCAGAAAGGAUCAAAAGGUGACCCUGUCCUUGCUCCAGGUAGUUUCAAAGGAAUGAAGGGGGAUCCUGGGCUGCCUGGACUGGAUGGAAUCACUGGCCCACAAGGAGCACCCGGAUCUCCUGGAGCUGUAGGACCUGCAGGACCACCAGGAUUACAAGGUCCUCCAGGGCCUCCUGGUCCUCUUGGUCCUGAUGGGAAUAUGGGGCUAGGUUUUCAAGGAGAGAAAGGAGUCAAGGGGGAUGUUGGCCUCCCUGGCCCAGCAGGACCUCCACCAUCUACUGGAGAGCUGGAAUUCAUGGGAUUCCCCAAAGGGAAGAAAGGAUCCAAGGGUGAACCAGGGCCUAAGGGUUUUCCAGGCAUAAGUGGCCCUCCAGGCUUCCCGGGCCUUGGAACUACUGGAGAAAAGGGAGAAAAGGGAAUCCCUGGUUUGCCAGGACCUAGGGGUCCCAUGGGUUCAGAAGGAGUCCAAGGCCCUCCAGGGCAACAGGGCAAGAAAGGGACCCUGGGAUUUCCUGGGCUUAAUGGAUUCCAAGGAAUUGAGGGUCAAAAGGGUGACAUUGGCCUGCCAGGCCCAGAUGUUUUCAUCGAUAUAGAUGGUGCUGUGAUCUCAGGUAAUCCUGGAGAUCCUGGUGUACCUGGCCUCCCAGGCCUUAAAGGAGAUGAAGGCAUCCAAGGCGUACGUGGCCCUUCUGGUGUCCCUGGAUUGCCAGCAUUAUCAGGUGUCCCAGGAGCCCUAGGGCCUCAGGGAUUUCCAGGGCUGAAGGGGGACCAAGGAAACCCAGGCCGUACCACAAUUGGAGCAGCUGGCCUCCCUGGCAGAGAUGGUUUGCCAGGCCCACCAGGUCCACCAGGCCCACCUAGUCCAGAAUUUGAGACUGAAACUCUACACAACAAAGAGCCAGGGUUCCCUGGUCUCCGAGGAGAACAAGGUCCAAAAGGAAACCUAGGCCUCAAAGGAAUAAAAGGAGACUCAGGUUUCUGUGCUUGUGACGGUGGUGUUCCCAACACUGGACCACCCGGGGAACCAGGCCCACCUGGUCCACGGGGUCUCAUAGGCCUUCCAGGCCUUAAAGGAGCCAGAGGAGAUCGAGGCUCUGGGGGUGCACAGGGCCCAGCAGGGGCUCCAGGCUUAGUUGGGCCUCUGGGUCCUUCAGGACCCAAAGGAAAGAAGGGGGAACCAAUUCUCAGUACAAUCCAAGGAAUGCCAGGAGAUCGGGGUGAUUCUGGCUCCCAGGGCUUCCGUGGUGUAAUAGGAGAACCAGGCAAGGACGGAGUACCAGGUUUACCAGGUCUGCCAGGCCUUCCGGGUGAUGGUGGACAGGGCUUCCCAGGUGAAAAGGGGUUACCUGGACUUCCUGGUGAAACAGGCCAUCCUGGUCCACCUGGCCUCCCAGGAAAUGGGUUACCAGGACUUCCUGGACCCCGUGGGCUUCCUGGAGAUAAAGGCAAGGAUGGAUUACCGGGACAACAAGGCCUUCCCGGAUCUAAGGGAAUCACCCUGCCCUGUAUUAUUCCUGGGUCAUACGGUCCAUCAGGAUUUCCAGGCACUCCCGGAUUCCCAGGCCCUAAAGGGUCUCGAGGCCUCCCUGGGAUCCCAGGCCAGCCUGGGUCAAGUGGAACUAAAGGAGAGCCAGGGAGUCCAGGAUUGGUUCAUCUUCCUGAAUUACCAGGAUUUCCUGGACCUCGUGGGGAGAAGGGCUUGCCUGGGUUUCCUGGGCUCCCUGGAAAAGAUGGCUUGCCUGGGAUGAUUGGCAGUCCAGGCUUACCUGGUUCCAAGGGAGCCACUGGUGACAUCUUUGGUGCUGAAAAUGGUGCUCCGGGGGAACAAGGCCUACAAGGAUUAACAGGGCACAAAGGAUUUCUUGGAGACUCUGGCCUUCCAGGACUCAAGGGUGUACACGGGAAGCCUGGCUUACUAGGCCCCAAAGGUGAGCGGGGCAGCCCUGGGACACCAGGACAGGUGGGACAGCCAGGCACCCCAGGAUCUAGUGGUCCAUAUGGCAUCAAGGGCAAAUCUGGGCUCCCAGGAGCACCAGGCUUCCCAGGCACCUCAGGACAUCCUGGAAAGAAAGGAACAAGAGGCAAGAAAGGUCCUCCUGGAUCAAUUGUAAAGAAAGGGCUGCCAGGGCUAAAAGGCCUUCCUGGAAAUCCAGGCCUAGUAGGACUGAAAGGAAGCCCAGGCUCUCCAGGGGUCGCUGGGUUGCCAGCCCUCUCUGGACCCAAGGGAGAGAAGGGGUCUGUUGGAUUCGUAGGUUUUCCAGGAAUACCAGGUCUGCCUGGUAUUCCUGGAACAAGAGGAUUAAAGGGAAUUCCAGGAUCAACUGGAAAAAUGGGACCAUCUGGACGCGCUGGUACUCCUGGUGAAAAGGGAGACAGAGGCAAUCCGGGGCCAGUCGGAAUACCUAGUCCAAGACGUCCAAUGUCAAACCUUUGGCUCAAAGGAGACAAAGGCUCUCAAGGCUCAGCCGGAUCCAAUGGAUUUCCUGGGCCAAGAGGUGACAAAGGAGACGCUGGUCGACCUGGGCCACCAGGCCUGCCUGGAGCUCCUGGCCUCCCAGGCAUUAUCAAAGGAGUUAGUGGAAAUCCAGGGCCCCCUGGCUUCAUGGGAAUCCGGGGCUUACCUGGCCUGAAGGGGUCCUCUGGGAUCACAGGUUUCCCAGGAAUGCCAGGAGAAAGUGGUUCACAAGGUAUCAGAGGGUCGCCUGGACUCCCAGGAGCAUCUGGUCUCCCAGGCCUGAAAGGAGACAACGGCCAGACAGUUGAAAUUUCCGGUAGCCCAGGACCCAAGGGACAGCCUGGCGAAUCUGGUUUUAAAGGUACAAAAGGAAGAGAUGGACUAAUAGGCAAUAUAGGCUUCCCUGGAAACAAAGGUGAAGAUGGAAAAGUUGGUGUUUCCGGAGAUGUUGGCCUUCCUGGAGCUCCAGGAUUUCCAGGAGUUGCCGGCAUGAAAGGAGAACCAGGACUUCCAGGUUCUUCUGGUCACCAAGGGGCAAUUGGGCCCCUAGGAUCCCCCGGAUUAAUAGGACCCAAAGGCUUCCCUGGAUUUCCUGGUUUACAUGGACUGAAUGGGCUUCCGGGCACCAAGGGUACCCAUGGCACUCCAGGACCUAGUAUCACCGGUGUGCCCGGGCCUGCUGGUCUCCCUGGACCCAAAGGAGAAAAAGGAUAUCCAGGAAUCGGCAUCGGAGCUCCAGGGAAGCCGGGCCUGAGAGGGCAAAAAGGUGAUCGAGGUUUCCCAGGUCUCCAGGGCCCUGCUGGUCUCCCCGGUGCCCCAGGCAUCUCCUUGCCCUCACUCAUAGCAGGACAGCCUGGUGACCCCGGGCGACCAGGCCUAGAUGGAGAACGAGGCCACCCAGGCCCCCCUGGACCCCCAGGUCCCCCUGGGCCAUCCUCGAAUCAAGGCGACACUGGAGACCCUGGCUUCCCUGGAAUUCCUGGACCUAAAGGGCCUAAGGGAGACCAAGGAAUUCCAGGUUUUUCUGGCUUCCCUGGAGAGCUAGGACUGAAAGGCAUGAGAGGUGAGCCUGGCUUCAUGGGGACUCCAGGCAAGGUUGGGCCACCUGGAGACCCAGGAUUUCCCGGAAUGAAGGGGAAGGCAGGGCCAAGAGGCUCUUCUGGCCCCCAAGGUGCUCCUGGACAAACACCAACUGCAGAAGCUGUCCAGGUUCCUCCUGGACCCUUGGGUCUACCAGGGAUCGAUGGCAUCCCUGGCCUCACUGGGGACCCUGGGGCUCAAGGCCCUGUAGGCCUACAAGGCUCCAAAGGUUUACCUGGCAUCCCCGGUAAAGAUGGCCCCAGUGGGCUACCAGGCCCACCUGGGGCUCUUGGUGAUCCUGGUCUGCCUGGACUGCAAGGCCCUCCAGGAUUUGAAGGAGCUCCAGGGCAGCAAGGCCCCUUCGGGAUGCCUGGAAUGCCUGGCCAGAGCAUGAGAGUGGGCUACACGUUGGUAAAGCACAGCCAGUCGGAACAGGUGCCCCCGUGUCCCAUCGGGAUGAGCCAGCUAUGGGUGGGGUACAGCUUACUGUUUGUGGAGGGGCAAGAGAAAGCCCACAACCAGGACCUGGGCUUUGCUGGCUCCUGUCUGCCCCGCUUCAGCACCAUGCCCUUCAUCUACUGCAACAUCAACGAGGUGUGCCACUAUGCCAGGCGCAAUGAUAAAUCUUACUGGCUCUCCACUACUGCCCCUAUCCCCAUGAUGCCCGUCAGCCAGACCCAGAUUCCCCAGUACAUCAGCCGCUGCUCUGUGUGUGAGGCACCCUCGCAAGCCAUUGCUGUGCACAGCCAGGACAUCACCAUCCCGCAGUGCCCCCUGGGCUGGCGCAGCCUCUGGAUUGGGUACUCCUUCCUCAUGCACACUGCCGCUGGUGCCGAGGGUGGAGGCCAGUCCCUGGUCUCACCUGGCUCCUGCCUAGAGGACUUUCGGGCCACUCCUUUCAUUGAAUGCAGUGGUGCCCGAGGCACCUGCCACUACUUUGCAAACAAGUACAGUUUCUGGUUGACCACAGUGGAGGAGAGGCAGCAGUUUGGGGAGUUGCCUGUGUCUGAAACGCUGAAAGCUGGGCAGCUCCACACUCGAGUCAGUCGCUGCCAGCUCCCCCUCCAGCCAGAGACAGAGGACGUGGCCUGGUUCAAAGUAAAGCAGAGGACGCAACAAAUGUGGCCAAGCCUAUCAAAGGAAAUGAGAAUGACAGCCUUUUUUCCUGGGCCAGGAGUAGAGGGGUGGGUGCGUAAGGAUGUGUGAGUUUUGCUUUUGACUCCAGGAACAAAAAGGUAAAUCCCACAUCCCAGUUUCUCAGAAGUCCCUGUUUAUUCCAAAUGCCAUCCAGAUGUGUGCAAUGUGGCAAACUGAAGCUGCACAGUGUUGGUUUCCUUGUAUUCUGAGGAUGUUAAAGACUUUGUUAAAUGGUUAUCCAAUUGCUCUUUCACAGGUAGCCUAUUAAACUAUUUUAAUAUGUUUUUUUAAACCUCAUAAAAAUCUAGCACACUCUUCUCUUGAGCAGUUAGCAGACCUAAAGCAAGCCUGAAUUGGCUAUGCAGUACAUUGUAUUCUGUUUGGGGGAAUUUGUUUUAGCCAUUUUCUUUAAUUACCAGUUUUCCAGAACACUCUUAGCUAUGUUGACAUGAGGCAAUUCCUUCCAGGUGAUUCUGUUUCCUUAAGUAUUAUAUAAACUGUGCCAAUACAGACAAAGCAUAAUCAGUAUAAUCUGAAUUAUUGUUAUCUUCACCUCCUGAGUAAUAAGCAUGGUGUCAGUUUUGUACAUAGCAAAUAAAAUAAAUGAAAUCUGAA